AGAUCGCAGUCUCCGUCGAACGUUUCAUACGCGUGGUCACGCACCGCGUUAUUCACACAGUGAACGGAUUAUGGAAUUCUGAAAAGAAAAAACAAACUUUUAUUUAGUGUUGCUCUGUGAAUAAAAACAAUGAAGCUGGAAGUUUGUUUUCUGUUGAUGGUCACAAGCAUCAGUAACAAUGGUAAAGCAUCGUUGGAAAGCUUCGCGCCGGUUAACACACACCUUUUUGAGGAUACCACCAAAAGCUCUGACACAUCGUGCUAUCGACCUUGCAAAUUCAACGUGAAACCGCGGAGAUGCCACUACUCAUUCGACAUUGAACCGACAAUUUUACAAAAUGGCCGACCUUCAAUAUCCAUCAAUGGAAUGGCUCCAGGGCCUCCUAUAAGUGUCUGCGUUAAUGAUGUAGUCGUCGUAGAAGUGAAGAAUAAGAUACCUAAUCAAGAUAUAAGCAUACAUUGGCACGGUGUAGAGCAGAAGGGAACGCCCUACAUGGAUGGAGUUCCAAUGGUCACGCAGUGUCCUAUAUCCUACGGAACCACGUACAAAUAUGCUUUCAUUGCUUCUUCACCUGGGACUUACUUUUACCAUGCUGAUUCAGUGGCUCAUCAGACGGAUGGUGUCUAUGGCACCUUGGCUGUUAUCCAGCCGCAGCCAUUGGAACCUCAUUCAGCCUUAUACGACUAUGACAGGAGCAAUGAGAAUACUAUAAUGAUAGCAGCUAAAUUCCCUGAGCUGCUCACCGGGAAUCUUGAAGAUGUGGUCCGGAAAGGACCAACCAAUCUAGUCAUUAACGAGGAUGAAGAAGAUAGUUUUAAGUUAUUCGUGAUGCCCGGCUUCGCGUACAGACUGCGACUGAUCAACGCAAUAGCUAUCGAAUGUCCCGUAACGGUCAGCGUUGACCAACACGAGCUACUAGUGAUUGCGACCGACGGGAAACCUGUCAAACCACUGGCAGCUAGAACCGUGCAGUUGUAUCCAGGCGAGCGGAUGGACGUGGUGGUGCGCGCGACACAGGAAGUUGGUGGUUAUUGGAUAAACGUUAGGAGUACCGGCGCCUGCGCAGGUCUUAGUGCACGUAGCAUGAUGAUCUACUCGGGAUUCAACUACACAGCCAUGCUGCAUAAUGGACAGAAUGACGUCGCACCAGACGUAGACCAGUCAUCUCCUGUCAGCGGUCACCAACUGGAGUCGCUUCUGGACACGUCAACGCACCAGAAAGUGACUCCGGUAUACCUGGGCAUCGACAGAAAUGUCAUCAAGUUUAAGGACACAGACAAUGAAUUCCGUUAUAUCAGUGAUGCUAUCCCAAAAAAACCUUUCUAUCCUGCUUCGUUGUCGCUCCAGGAAACUGGCGUGGUACAAAUCAACGGCAAGAACUUCCUCUACCCCAACUUUCCCAUUCUCCUGAAACCACAAGGCGUGAAGGCAGACUCCGUGUGUUACGUGGGACAGGAGUCCAAGCACAAGGACCCUCAGUGCUUGCAAAUCGUGAAGGCAGUCGAAGGAGAACUGCUGGAGAUUGCGCUUGUGAAUGAAGGUUUUGGAAGUAACGACUCGUACACUUUCCACCUGCACGGAUACAGCAUGCUAGUAGUAGCUACGGGCCAGAAUGCUGACAAACCACUUUCUAAUGAGGAGUUCCACAAGCUUGACGCAGAUCAGAAGAUCAACAGAAAUUUGAUAAACCCACCUAUCAAGGACACAGUUGUGGUACCCAAUAAAGGCUACACUAUCAUCCGCGUGAGGAUCGACAAACCAGGCAGUUGGAUGCUGGAGUGUCGCUCCUGUGGACAGUCGUCUAUACCUGCAGCUGUGCUCAUCCACGUUCCACAGACCUUACCGAAAACCAUCACCCACUUACUCUCCAAAUGCGGGAGCUAUAGGCCUCCAGACGUCUUAUUGAAUUAAGUUUAGUUGAGACUGAUAGAAGUAAUUAUAGGCUAAUUUAUUCUCAGUGGUAUUACUACUAAAUAAAUAUGUUUUUGAGUCUGUUGUGAUGGAAUUUUUUUUAAUAAAAAUUUCCAUCACAACAUAUAUAUGAAACUAAUUUAGUAAGACUACUGGGAAUCCUUUAAAAUGCUGGGUCAAACGAUUGUAUCUUGUAUCAGCAUCCUGGAUUAGCGUUAUUGCCCUGCUAGAUAUUGUUCAUGUUAAGUAUAUUAUACCUGUGCCCGAAAACGAUUGAACGUGCCUCGAAAAUAUGUUCGAUUCUAUUGGUUCUAAUAUCACCUAUUGGUGAAUUGGUGAAUGUGUGGCUUAUUACUUGACUGGGGAAAGGCGGGAAAUCGGAAGCAGCCAGGACUAUAGUCUACAAUAAGAUACAAUCCAAAACACGCAGGAGGUCAGCAUAUACUAAGUAUAAUAUAUUAUAAACAAUGACGACCGUCAGUCUAAAAGGCCGUCAGUAUAAUUUCUUUUUAAUGAACAAGUUAAUCUUGUAGUUAAAUCAUUAACAAAGAUGAUGGAUAUUUGAAUAUGACAAUAUUUAGUUAAUAACAAUAAAUAUAAUCAUAAGCAUGUAACUGUACCUAUUAGAAUAAAUUUAAUGUUAUGAUACUCAUUAUUGUAAUAAAUCUAUGUAAAA